CUCUCAGAGACGAAAACGCAGAGAUAGGAGAACGCAUGCGCGCUGCUUCCUACCGCGGUCUCACUUUUCCGCCCACUCGCGGUUCUGAGCCUGUGAUUGGAGGGAAAUGGGAGGAGCCCCGAGUGAUGGGCGGGGCGGCGAGGCUCAGGCCUUUGCCGUCGCCUGUUGUAGCCGGGAAGGGGCAGCCGUCGCUGCCGCCGCCACUGGCUGCACAGUUGCGCGAGGGAAAGCGCGUGCGGGAGACGCUUGGCCCCGGUGUCGCCCCCACCAUGGCCGCUGGCGAAGGGGGCGACGAAGAGGUGCGGGUGCUCCAGACUCUCCGCGGGAAGAUCUGUCAAGCCAAAAACUUAGUGCCAUAUUCUGGACCAAACAAAAUGAGAGACUGUUUUUGUACAAUCAAUUUGGAUCAAGAAGAGGUUUUCCGCACUCAGGUAGUGGAGAAGUCUUUAAGCCCAUUUUUUGGAGAAGAGUUCUACUUUGAGAUACCACGGACGUUCCAGUGUUUAUCAUUUUAUAUUUAUGACAAGAAUGUUUUACAGAGGGACUUGAGAAUAGGAAAAGUAGCUAUCAAAAAAGAAGACUUGAGUGGACACUCUGGGAAGGAAACAUGGUUUACACUUCAGCCUGUUGAUUGUAAUUCAGAAGUUCAGGGGAAAGUUCACCUUGAGUUGAAACUGAAUGAACUGAUUACAGAUAAUGGAUCAGUGUGCCAGCAGCUAGUAGUACACUUGAAGGAAUGUCAUGGGCUGCCUCUUAUCAAUGGACAAAAUUGUGAUCCUUAUGCUACAGUUUCUGUUGUGGGCCCUUCAAGGAAUGACCAAAAGAAGACAAAAGUAAAGAAGAAAACAAGCAAUCCGCAAUUUAAUGAAACAUUUUAUUUUGAGGUGACCAGGUCAAGUAGUUACACCAAAAAGUCACAGUUUCAGGUGGAAGAAGAGGAUAUUGAAAAGCUGGAAGUGAGGGUUGACUUAUGGAACAAUGGUAACUUGGUGCAGGAUCUUUUCCUCGGAGAAAUUAAGAUUCCUGUCAAGGUAUUAGGAAGUGAUUCCUUCCAAGCAUGGUACCUUCUGCAACCAAAAGAUAAUGGAAAUAAGCCCUCUAAAAGUGAUGAUCUUGGAUCACUUAGACUUAAUAUAUGUUAUGCUGAAGACUAUGUACUUCCUUCAGAGUACUAUGUUUCCCUCAGGAAUUUGCUGCUAAAGUCACCGGAAGUUGAGCCUAUUUCUGCUUCUUCGGCUUACAUUUUGGCUGAAGUGUGUCGAGAUAAAUUUAAUGCGAUUUUACCUCUUGUAAGAUUAUUGGUACAUCAUCACAAGCUCGUAGAGUUUAUCACUGCAGUGGCAGAACUGGAACUGAAGGAUACCCAAGAGGCAAAUACAAUCUUCAGAGGAAACUCCAUAACUACUCGAUGUCUAGAUGAGAUGAUGAAAAUAGUGGGAAAGCACUACCUGAAAGUUACCUUGAAACCAAUUCUGGAUGAGAUAUGUGAGAAUCCUAAAUCUUGUGAAAUUGAUCCCCUGAAGCUGAAAGAAGCUGAAAACGUAGACAUGCACAAGGAAAAUUUACGCUACUACGUUGACAAAGUAUUCAAUACAGUUGUACAAUCAAGUAUAAGUUGCCCUACGUUAAUGUGUGAUGUAUUCUGUUCUCUAAGGCGCAUGGCUGCUGAAAGAUUUCCUAAUGACCCUCAUGUACAGUAUUCUGCAGUGAGCAGCUUUGUGUUUCUUCGUUUCUUUGCUGUAGCUGUAGUAUCUCCUCAUACUUUCCAUUUACGACCUCACCAUCCAGAUGCACAGACAUCUAGAACAUUGACGCUUAUAUCAAAAGCCAUCCAGACACUGGGGAGCUGGGGAAGUUUGUCCAAAAGCAAGCUAUCGAGCUUCAAGGAGACAUUUAUGUGUGAAUUUUUCAAAAUGUUUCAGGAAGAGGAGUAUAUUGAAGCAGUCAAAAAGUUUUUAGAUGAAGUGUCAUCUACUGAAAGUAAAGAGCCAAGCGUCAUGAGCGAGGCAGUACAUCUGAAGGAAGGGGAAAUGUAUAAAAGAGCACAAGGACGAACUCGUAUUGGGAAAAAGAACUUCAAGAAGCGUUGGUUCUGCCUUACAAGUAGAGAGCUCACUUACCAUAAGCAACAAGAAAAAGAACCAAUUUACACCAUUCCAAUCAGAAACAUCCUUGCAGUGGAAAAACUUGAUGAGAGUGCUUUUAACAAAAAAAAUAUGUUUCAAGUGAUACAUGUUGAAAAGCCGCUCUAUGUGCAGGCAAAUAAUUGUGUGGAGGCUAGUGAAUGGAUAGAAGCACUCUGCAGGGUGAGCAGAUGCAAUCAAAAGAGACUGAGUGUUUACCAUCCUUCUGCUUUCUUGAAUGGGAGCUGGCUUUGCUGCAAAGCCACAUCAGAGAACACUGUGGGUUGUACACCAUGCACUGCAGGUGUGCCUGCUGACAUUCAGCUAGAGAUUGAUGGGGACAGAGAAACAGAAAGAAUCUACUCUCUUUUUGCUACCAACAUGCUAAAGCUGCAGAAAAUGGAAGAGGCCUGUGAAAGUAUAGCAGUCUAUCAAGGUCCGCGGAAAGAACCGGAUGACUAUACUUUCAAAAUUGAGGAUUCAGUAGCAACUUUUCAGACUCUUCAACAAAUAGUAUCUGUAGUGGAAAUGUUGACAGAACAUCAUGACAGGUAUCGGAAGAAGAGGUCAUCUAGUGCUAAAUAUGGCAGCGAAGACAAUCCAAUUGUUGGAAAGAUUUCCUAACCAAAGACACAUUACAUCAGAGAUGGAUUUUGAAGAAACCGGAGUAGUUUUCACUUUUUAAAAAUCGUGGUAUUGCCAUUUCCAAGAAUUUAAGAAUAUAUGUUGGCUGGAAAUUAGCUGUGUUCACAAUGUAUUUAGUAUUUAAAAGUGGGGGAACCAGCCAUGAAAUCUAGCUGGAAGGUGGGAAUCUCUUCCAUAUGACUUAAAACAACAAUGCAAUUUCCAGACAAUGCAAGUAAACAAUUUUCCUAAAGCUAGAAGGAACUAUCAAAAGGAAUAAGCUUUCAAAGGGAGGAAAGGGAAAACUACUGUUGUGGAUGGGAUUAUGUGUCUGCCAAGAUCAUCUUUUUUUCAUUUGUGAACAAUCGGUAGCUAUUCUAUGGACAGCAACUCUUGGCACCAGAAAUUCCAACAAGUGACAAAAGGAUUUGAAGCUUUAUAUUCAGCGCACAGCCACUUUUUAAAUUGUCCUUUCUUAAUCUGUUAACCUACGGUAGACAUUUUUGUAAAAAAGAAAAAAGGAAGAAAAAAAGAAAAUUGUACUUUUUAAGUGUGUGUUGACAACUAGCAAUGUUGUAUUCUUAUUUAAAAGAUAUUACUGAAGCAGGACAAGUCAGGGAGUCUGUGCAUCUUGUUUACAAUUGGAGUGAGCAGUGAAAGGAGUGACAUGGGACCACUGUCUGUAUUUUGUCUUUUUGAAUAACCAAUUACUGAUAUUUUCUUUAGCAAUCAGGGGCUUUUUGGAAGAACAAGAAUUUCAUAGUGUUGGGAAAAUAUUGAAUACCAGAUUACAGUCACCUACUUAUAACUUAAAAACAGCCCUAAAGACUGGUGUUAUACUUUAGGCAAUGGUCACAUCCAAUUGCAAUUAGUUGCUUUUGAAAAUCACUCCAAGCACUUUAGAUAUCUGGAUAGCCCCAGAUUAUGUUUCUAGAUACUUUGUAGUAUCUAAUCAUUAUGAUAUGAUCAGUUGAAUGAUCACUAUUGUGGCUUAAAACAAUGCUUUUGUGAACAUUUUUAUAUCUAGUUUUUUACUUGCCAGGUGAAGUUUGGGACUCAACUUUGCCUUUAGAAACUCUUAAUCUUGCCUUCUUAAUAUGUUUCCAGUCAUAGACUGAUAGAAAUAUCUGUAUGUAAUAAAAAGAAGCAAGCUACCACUUGGGAGAAGAAAAGGUUAUGCUUCCUUUUAUCAGUAUUAUUGACUAUGGUACUAGAAAACCUCAUCUUGGGAGCAAUUUGCUAAGCACUAUAAAACUGAUAAUUCCCAGUGAAUUAUGGCCAUGAUUUUGAACGUGUCUGUUUAUUUCCUAGGAUUUGUCCCAAUUAUAGUUAAUAUUGUUUGAUAUAAAUAUGGAACAAUAAUUUUUGGAACAUAUAAGCUGCUUAAAAUACUACAUAAAUUGCUAAAAUUAUGACACUUCCUAAGAAAGAGUAAAGACUUUGCUGCAGGACUGAACAGCGUGAUUCCAGGUAUUGUGCACCAACAAAUAAAGAUUUGCAGUCCAUUGAUCUACUUUAGGCAUGCCCAAGGGGUUGCAUACUCCUGGUAGAAUUUUCCAUUUUUGAAUAUCUAACCUCCAUGCCUUAUAACUAACUGCUUUUGAGAUUUCCUUGAGUUUCAAAAAAUAGUUUGUCAUGGGGCAUAGAAGUCUGCUAUUCGAGAAACCAAUCGAAAGCAUCACUGGGUCUGUGCUCCAAAGUCUUUGGGUUAUGACUUUAGAAUAGAGCAUGAAUGGGAACCUAAGGGGAUGUGCAAUACAAUAAAUGACACAGUGAUUGUGCAAGAAGGGAACACUAGAAAUAUGAACAAGUCCAAAAAACGUAACUUAAUCGUAACUGGAAGUUCGAGAGAGAGGGCCCAUUUUUAAUAAUAAUAAACUUUAUUAGCUGCCCCAUAAUAAAUUGUUUUCUCAAAUACAUAACAAAUUCUUGUAUAUGGGAACCAAAUCCAAGGCAGAAGGAGGAUCAUAGAUAGCUGAGGGCCUUUCCUUGUCAUUGUAUUGAAGAUUAUGCUUUCAUGUUGUACUGUCAGUGUUGGAUAAAGCCUGUGGUAUUGGCUGAAAUGCCAGUGCUGGACUACUGCUAGAUGAGAUUUUUCCCAUCAGGAUAUCUUUGCUAUCAUCCUGACUUAGGAGUUUUAAAAACAAAUAGCACAAUUUGUACCCAAGUGCACUAUACCUACUAGGUUCGGACUGAAAAUUAACUUAAAAUGCUGGAAAUAUGACUGUACAGGGGAUCUAGAUGUGUGUGACCAUUCUUGAUGUUCUUGCAAUAUACAAAGCUACAAUUCCAGUUCAUCAUCUGAAUUCAUGUUUUAUAUAGAAGGCAUUCAAAGCCAUAACUGUAACUGGACCAGUGUGGAUAUGGUUAUGUAGAGGCAUUCUGGAUGUACACACUGAACAUUGCUCAGUCUUGUGAAUUAAAUGAGAGGCUAGAAUUUCAUGGUUUCCUGGCUACACUGUGUUUCCGGUUGAUCUUACUGUUGUCUUAGGACAGCAUGACAAAAUCACACAGGCUCUGUUUCAUAUUUCUUUAAGCAUGUUCGAAGUAAUGAAGCAGUUCUGUUCUCUGUGAUUUCAUCUCUGACAGCACAGCAGCAAACCCAGUUUUCCCACAGAGAAUUCUUCUAGCUAAGUCCUUCAGCCAGUCGCUGCUCUCUGAGGUGUACCUAUGUAUGUGUUUACAAACAUGUUUUUGCACUUGUUCUACAUUUUUAGGUGUAUACCUCAAGAUGUGUGAAAUUGAUUUCAUAUUUGUUUUCUUUUUUCUUUUUAAUAAAUUUUAUUGGUUUUAAAGAUAUAAAGAUACAAAAGUGAGGGGGGGGAUGAAAUUAAUAUAAGAUCAAAAGAAUAAGCUACAUCUCCAAACUUACAAUAGCCACUAAUAAAAACAGUUUUGCAUACUUGUUUAGCAAACUUAUUAUCCGCAAGUAAAGUACAUUCUUAUCAAAGUUGUCUAGUCCGGCCAAGCAUCCUUUUAAAGCAAAAUCCAAGAAAAAAAGUAUAGUGACAAAAAAGUGGCGACUCUAUCAGUUAUGAGCUUCAAAUUAAACUUGAAUCUCAUUGGUUUUUAUAUCAUUCAGGUAUUUAGCGUAUUAUCUCCCACAAAAUAUUGAAUAAUUACAUCAAGGCAAACAGAAAAGGAAAAGAAAAAUGAUAGUAAUAAUAAUAAUGAAAGAAGAUGGCAGAGUGAAGAAUUCUGUAAUUAAAUACAGUUUUUCUCUAAACAAUUGGAUUUUAAAAGGAAAGAAAAGGAAUGAAAGGACUACCAAAAAUAUGGCAAAAGCUUUGUUUGGAAACCUAUCAGAUUAAUUGGAAAUAGAUAAUACCAAAGUGGAAAAAUAACAAAGAUGUUCAAAUUAGUAAAUAUAAGAAACUUAUUUCCUACUAGACAAAGGAAAACUAGUAAACUAAAACAUUGUAAUAAUCUAUACUGGAAUAGGGAGUGGGAGGAAGCCUUUUAUCAUCAGUGACCCAGGCCAAUUGGUAAUGCUAUUAAACUAAAAUGAAAAUAGUAAAAUGCAGGAACAAGAAAAAGCCAUAACAUAAAGUAAUCAAAGACUUGUCAAUAAACCAGUCCAGUUAAUAAUCCAAUAAAAACUGAAAAGAGAGAAAAUAAUGCAGUUAAGACGUAUUUUGAAUCUAAAGACAUAUGUAGCCAAAUCUUUUUAACUUCAGAGAAAGGAUAAUGCCAGGCAAGUAAAACCCGUCUGUACUUGAAUGAGUUUGUGAAACAUUUAGCUGUAUCGAAGAUUGAAUAUGUAAUCUUUCCCCUAAGUCCCAUCAUAUAGUCAUUUCCAAGAUCGGAUAGAGUAACACGUGGAUCCCCCAGUGUUUGUUUAUCAAUGCAACUAUCCUGGGAAGCCUUAUAUUGUUCAGAUUGCAUUGUCUCACUAGAAGUCAUCUGAGAUCUAUCCUCUGAAUUGGUCUGAAAUCCCUCCUGUUGAAAAAAUAACUUUGCAGUCAUACUAUCUAUUUGUGAGGAGAUCUUAUUAAGCUCUCCCAUAACUGAAAGAAAAAAUUGGUUAUAGGACAACAUUUUGACAGACAUGUUAAUCUCUACUUUUUAAAACAAGUUGCUAAAUUCCCUACUUUGUUUACCACCAAGCUAUUUCACAGGGAAUAAUAAUGUUCAGUACGUGUGAUCUUCAAAAAGCAACUUCACAAAGGAAUUUCCUUCAAGUUAAAAGUAAGCCCAAACUGAAUUUCCUCUUAACAGUAGUACCAAGCAGAAUAGACAAGGGAAUACUUGAGCUUGACUAUACUUUGGUAAUGUAGAAUUCCUGAAUAAUGAGUUACCAAGUAAUGUUUACAGGGGAUGCAAGAGUUAAUACAGGAAUUUACCUAACAGUAUAGUUCCUCAUCUAAUAUCAGGCACUAAAGUCCAGAUUAACGCAUGUCCAUUAUUAUAUGACAGUUAAAAUAACAAGAACUGUUUUUCCUGGGGAGAGAAGAAACAGUUAAAAUAACCCCCACCGUCCUCUGGCAAAUUAGAAUAUGUUGCGUUGAGAAGUUUUCAGCUUUCUCAAGUCCUUUACGAAAACAAACUGGAACCAGGUGUCCUGUUUCAAGAUAAGAGAAAAAGUUCUCAUGGAUAGGUGACGCUCUUCACUAAUUGUUCAACACAGUCUCGUGAACCAGUUCAAAGCUUUAAAUCAUGCUGUCCUGAGACUGAUUACAAUGGUCCUUAUUCGAAGAUCGCUUGGGUUAUAAAUCCACAAUAGUACUUGAAAGCUGUAAAUAUUGUCAAUUAUCCAGGCAGAGUCUUCAUGACCUUUCUAGGAGGUUAACACAUUUUGUAAAGAUUUAACCAUACACAAGUCUUCAAUCCCAAGACAUUGAAAAAUGCUUUAAAUUUCUAAAACUAUAGUUCUAGAUUAAUAAGCAGGUCUAAAGACCAAAAAUCCAUUAAUAUCUGAUGAUUAACAUAUUAAAGGUUCUUCUUCCCAGAGGCAAAUAAUGGUUAGUUUAAACUCCAAGACAGAUAAGAGUGUGCCAUCCGGGGGGAUGACAGCUUUCUCAGGGUAGCCUGCAGAUGUUCUGCAUGAGAGAUAGGAAGCCAAAACUCGCACAGCCGAGAAAGAUUCUUCUUUACCAAUGCCAUGCAAAAAAGGGAAAGAAAAGAAAUCCAGUCCAACUUCAAUAAUAGCCUUCUAUACCCGUCAUAUAGUAUUAGAUGGUGUUCAUUACUCCAAAAUUAUUUAAACUGUAAAUCCUUAAGCAACGUAAAGUCAAUGACUGAAACCUGAGACCGCAGUCUUGUUCCAUUCGGUUAAUAACUUUAAUAAAGUUUAACAUCAGAAUCCUCAAAUAGCCUGGUAAGACAGUUAAAGGUUUCAAUAUUCCAUUAAUGUUAGUCAUCCAAAAAAGCAUCCUUAGAUUGUAAUAAAAUGUUAAUCCUUAUUAAUCUGGUAAAAUGUAAUAAAGUGUUGAUCAUCACCAAAUUGCCAAAGUCCAGUUUCAGUUGGAAUUUGACAUCAGAAUCCUCAGAUAGUUUGAUAAUAACAAUUAAAGGCUUGAAUAAUCCAUAAGAAAUCCGUAAAUGAUAGUCAUCCAAAAAAAGAGAAGAAGAAAAAACAUUGCCAAACCAGAAAAACGUAUUAAAAUGUUAAGCAUUGUCUCAUUACUCAACUACCAAUUCAUAUAUUCAUAUUUUAAAAAGAAUUUGUGAAGGGUGGUGUCAAAAGGAAAAAAAGGGAGAAAAAGAAAAGCAUCGUUAAGCUUCUUUUUGAGAUAUGUAGAUCCUUUCAGAAGUGUCUAGCAAAAUUAAAGAUUAACAGAUUAGUUAUGAACAAACCUUGAGCCUGUGUUUUGAUUAUUUGUCCUCUUGUUUAACUAAAGUAGAAAAUCCAUCCCAUUUCAAAGUGUUAGAUAACUCAAAGGUUGCCUGAGUUGUAAAUCCUUAAUAUCAAAUGCUAUAGUUAACUGGAAGCUGAGUCUUCUAUGCUGUUCUGGUCAGUGAUUUCUUUGAUAGAAGUAGCAUGAAUCCUCAGCUAAAAAAAAAAAAAAAAGAGUACCCUGAUGAUCUUGAAGUUUGGAGAGUGAGAACAGAGAGGAAACAACAAAAGAAAAUUACAGAAAUUAAAAUUGGGGAAGGUAGUCGCUAAUAAAGCACUGCAGAUAUUAUUACUCUCUUCUCUUCGGGUGGGAAACUCAUGGAAAGUCUCUCCUGAGUUUGUCUGGCGUUUCAUGAUUUAUUUCUGUUUCGAUUUACUUGUAUGUUUACACCAGUCUGCUCUCAGGUGACAGCUCCAUUUUUCCUCUGUGAUCAAUCUUCCUGAUUGAUAACAAGCCUAACUAACUCCAAAGAGUUAGUGCAGUUCUUGGCUGAGAAUCCGCCCAAACUACUGGUCAUGAUGCCAUUUUCUCCAGAGACUAUUUUCAUUUUGUUUCGAACUUGAAAACAAAAUGUGGAUGGCCAAAAUGAUUCAUCGAAACAGUGGCCGAACCGAUUGUUUCAGCAAAACAAAAUAUGAAACAUUUUGAGUGUUUUGGUCAUAGGGAACAACAGAGAAAUUUGAAACACCCCAUGGUACUCCAUGGUUAGCUGCUAGGGACACCAAAGUGAGUUGUGUAGUAGGGCAUGAUGUGUGCUACUAGCACAUGAUGUGUGCUAGUAGGGCAUGAUGUGUGCUACCUACCAUCCACCCACAAAAGAAAGGGGCAAGUGGGUGAUUUUAAACAAAUUUUAAAACUUUUCCCCAAACCCCCAUAGGCUCCUAUGGGGUUUUUGAUGAAAGGUUUAACAUUUAUUAAAUUGCCCGCUAGCCCCUUUUUUUCGUCGGUGGAUGGUAGAUACAGCAGCUUCCUGUUUUGUGGGUGGGUUUUGUGGGUCAGCUUCCUGUUUUGUGAGUGGGUGGUAGGUAGCACCCAUCAUGCUCUAUCACACAACCCACUUUGGUGUCCCUAGGAGCUACCCAUGGGGUGUUUCAAAUUUCCCUAUUAUUCCCUAUGGCUGGAACGAGCUGCACUCACUGAGUGCACACAAUUUGCAAUGCAUUUUGCAACCCUUGAAAAGCCUUGAAAAACACUGAAGAAGCACACAGUAAAAGGGAGUCUGUCCCUCCUACUGCAGAACACACAUUUUGAACACAGUCCAAAAAUGACCAAAAGAGAAUCACUAACUCAGAAUCCACUGCCAGCAACAGUACCUGAGCUGCAGUAACAUUAUUGGCACAAAUUGCUCUCUUACACACAAUUAUGACUCCUUACAUUACUUCCUAGCAUUGCACCAGCUUCUACAGCAGCAUCCUUAGCAGCAGCAAGUAUAACCAUAAGCAACUUCAACCACAUUUUGACUAAGUACACCUUGCAAUAUAGAUUGUUUCAAGCCAACCAACUGAGCCAGAAAACCAAGCAGCAAUGGGAAAACAGGCUUCCAAAAUGAUGCUUGAAACAUUACAAAUCAAAAUGGGGUUGUUUUAUUCCAAGCUCAAAACAGGCCUUGUAUUUAAAUGGCGUUUUAUUUUUAACUCAACGGCGCAUUUUGAGUCAAAACGUUUUACACAUCCUUAGUUGGCAGAUAGUUCUUGCUUGUUUGCGAUUUAGGAAUGCUGCCUAAAAGAAUUGUGCCACAUCUUACGUGCCACAGUAACCUUUUAAAAAGUCUAUUAUGCACUUUAAUUGGUUACAAAUAGUUCUGUCAGUAACUUUAUGAAAUGCAGAUGUUUUGCUUGCAUCUUAAUUGACUAGCUGUGUACUGUUAUAUUUGAGAGUCUACAAGGGGGUAAUUUUGUAUCAACAGGAGUAGCUUAUGUGAGGCAGGCAUCUAUGGCUGUUCACAGUAGGCUCAGGAAUAAGAUGCCUUUUGAAACAGGCAAAGUGACGGGCAACCUGUAGCGCUCUUCAAAGUUUCUAACUCUACAGUGUAAUGUCAUCUCUGCUUUUCAGACUUAUUGAGCUGUGUUGUUGACAGCUAUUUAUUAGCCUUCUCCGUGCAUAUGGGCAUAAGAAGCUGGCCAUUAGUCCAUCUAGUGUAGACCUAGAUUUUAGCUCUACACUAGUUGGCAGCAGAUCUCCAGAGCUUCAGGUCUUUCCAAGACCUACAUGCAGAUUCCAGGCAUUCAGCCAGAGACCUCAUACAAAAGCAAAUGCUACCAUUAAGGUAUGAUAUGUUGGUAUUAUGCAUCAUGUUUGGUCCCUUCUCUAUCAUAUGGAACUUUUCAUAUAUUUUUUCUCUUGUACAGGAGAAGUACUAGUGCUUCUAAAGGGUUCUAGGCCAAACGCUGCAUUGGUGCUUGUGUGUGGGGAGGGAGAAUGUUGAUUACUUCUCUUUCCCCCAGAAGUGCUGUGUGCUACUCAGGUAUGUCUCUGAGAGCUGUGCAACCAUCAGACAUAUUUUCAUGUGGCACAGAGCCCUUCCAUGGAAAGGGGGGUUGUCCAAAUACCCUCUCGCACACACAUGAGCAUCAUAGCUGUUAAUGAGUUUGACUAAGUGUUCAUUAGAACUUCAUUAGUCGGCAUGUCUACCAGUAACGCUGAGACAAUUGCUCAAUUAUAGUGUGCUAUCUUAUUGCAUAAUCACUGUGUCACUUGUUCUAGCACUUGACAAGGUAGGCUCUAUUAUUAUUAUUAUUAUUAUUAUUUUACAUUUAUAUCCCGCUCUUCCUCCAAGGAGCCCAAAGCAGUGUACUACAUACUUGAGUUUCUCUUUCCCAACAACCCUGUGAAGUAGGUUAGGCUGAGAGAGAAGUGACUGGCCCAGAGUCACCCAGCUAGUUUUCAUGGCUGAAUGGGGAUUUGAACUCUGGUCUCUCCGGUCCUAGUCCAGCACUCUAACCACUACACCAUGCUGGCUCCUCUACCCAAGGCUUAAUUCCACAAUAAAUGUUAAGAUACCACACAACUCUUCAUUGUAUUCAUUCUAUUAUCCCUUUUGGUUCCUGUUAACAAUAAUGUUUUGAAGAGAAUUCCUCUGCUUUGUUUUUUAGAAUAAAACAUGCCCCCACUGUACCAACAUAAUUCACAAAGCAUGACAUGUUAUAUUGCAGGCCUUCAUGCUGCUGCAAUCAGAUUGAUGCAAAUGUUGUUUGCAUUUACUGUAUAUUGGAAUAGUUAACAUUAAGGAAACUGGGUUGAAUCAAUCCAUUUUCAGCAGGAGGCUAGUGAUAAUGUCUUCUUUACAGUUAUCCAUCCCUCCCCUUUCUCCUUAGAAUCCAUGCUUGCUAGUUACUCCUGCUGUGAGCAGUAUUGGAUUGCUAUACAGGCACACAGCAGCUACCUGUUGUAAAUAAUCUAUCAUGUUGCAAUCUAUGCAUACCCUGAUGGUUGAGACUGAGGAGGAGGGCAGUAGACUCCACUGAAUCAUAUACGGAUGUCCUCCUCGCCAUGCAGCAGCAUCUAGAGAUUCUAGAAGAAGGUAGAUGGUCUCCAAAAAGUGAAGCUUGUUAUUUACCAGUCAUAUUAGAUCUAUACCAAACCUUUCAUCUUGUUAAACUAUUAUGGAAAACAAAUGCACUUUGAAAAGUAAAGGUACCACACUGUAAGGCAGUUUAAAAAAUAAAGAUUUAAAGCCUGUAAGCAGGAUUUAAAUAAUAGUUCAUGUUCUGAAUGAAACACCACUAUCAGUGUGCUAAGUAUGUGACCAGGUGCCUGGGAGUUUCCUAACCUUGCCCAUGCAACUCUAAUUAGCCAUGUUAUAUUUCAAAUGCAACAAAUAUUCCAGAGUAAAGUUAUGUACAAAUAGAGUGGUAAAUGUUGAGAGGAAUUUUCAUUUGGGUUAGCCUAGAGAUGGAAAGCUAAUGGCUUACUAAUUAGCUUUGGUUGACAUACCUUUUUAGGUGUAGUUUUAUUUUGUUAGGAUGAUGUAUUGAAUGUGCUUUUAUUUAAAGUUUAUUUUCUUAACAGAAGUAUUAAAUAGUAUUGUUUGAAACUUGAAUGUUUGCAUCAAAUGUUGGUGUGUAUUCUUUUGUCCAUUUUUAAAUACUUAUAAUGUAAAGAUCUAUGGAUGCUAAAAGGCCAGUGAUCAGUUGAUUCAUCUUAGCUUGUCAAACAGGCUGAAAAAGAAAUACAAUCUGCAUCUCCCCCUUAUUAGGAAAAGGAAAGAAAGGUUGUGCCAACAAGCAGAGGCGUAACUAUAGGGGGGGCAGGGGGGGCACGUGCCCCGGGCUCCAUCUUUUCUGGUCACAUGGGGGGCGCCGCCAUGACCAAUUUUUUUUUAAUUUUUAUUUUUUUGUUAAUACAAAUGUUUCCUGCUCAGUGCAGCAGCGCUGCAGCAGUCAAGGGAGCGCGUCGGUGCCCCCUUCCCCACAAGGGGUCCCUUCUGCGCCGCCUGUGCCCCCCCCAUUGCUUUGCUGGCACCUGGCGGCCAGUCAGUGGCCUGGCUUGGCGGCGGUGGCGGGCGAUUGUGAGGAAAAACCUAAGUAUAAUGUAGUAUGUUGGGGGGGCGGGGGGGCGCCAUUUCAGUGCUUGCCCCGGGCACCGUUUUCCCUAGUUACGCCUCUGCCAACAAGUUGGUGUCAGCUCCUGGCAACCACAGAGCCAUGUGGUUUUCUUGGUAGAAUACAGGAGGGGUUUACUAUUGCCAUCUACUGCACAGUAUGAGAUGAUGCCUUUCAGCACCUUCCUAUAUCGCUGCUGCCCAAUAUAGGAGUUGCCCAUAUUCUGGGAAACACACCAGCGGGGAUUCAAACCAACAGCCUCCUGCUCUCUAGGCAGGCUACUUCCAAACUGCGCCAUUGGGUGGCUCACUUAAUUAGGCAAUGUGUGAAAGAAUUAUCAGUAAUUAGCAUGCUACAUAUACAGUACACAGUUCAGCAGAGGAACUUAUAUGUCUGGAAAGCUUGGUUAUAAAAUUAAAACAAACAGAUCAUGGCAAUAAGCCUGGAAAGACAAAACUGACCUCUCAGAAUCUUAUGACAACUCAAAUGGACCAACCUAUAAGAGAGCAGCACCUUUAUAUAAAUAAAGAUAAUUAGAAUCCCUUCAGAAUAAAUAGACACACAUCAAUGGCCUAAACUAAACAAUCAUUUCCUUCGGAGAAUAAAUACAUAAAGAUGGUAUUUCUCAAACAGAACUUUUUGUCCUAAAACAUUCCAGUUUGAAUACCAGAUAAAAGGAUAGGAGAAUAAGUAAUAUCAAGAUUCAUAUUACAACAAAACCAAAAGUUUAAAAUAUGUUUACAUAGAAAUUUUCAGAUUUAAAGGGUAAUAUUGGUUAUCAAAUAUAUAUUGCUGAUUUGUUAAAAACUAAUGUGGAUAUUGAAAUGAAUAAAAGGAAAAAACAUUA